AUGUCACAGUUCAUUAAAAAGUCGACAGGUAUCACAGGACUUGCAGUUCAACCACAUGCUAGAAGAAUUCUUGCGGAUCUCUACCAAAAGACCUUGAAGGAGUUGCAGAGAAUACCACCAACUGCUUUCUAUCGUCAGAAGAUGGAAGAGAUCACCAAGUUCAGAUACGAUGUCAUUCAAAAGGAGACUGAUAUUUUGAAGAUCGAACAAACUAUCUUUGCUGGUCAAGUCGAAGAGUUGAUCACUCAAGCCGAAAACGAACUUCAAGUCAUCGAUUUGGUUGCCAAGACCAAAGCUUAUGAACUAAGCGAUAAGAAUAAACCACCAAUGAUGAGACAUCAAUCAAUCAAAGCAAAUCAUCAUAAACCAAGCAAAAACAAUAAAAAUGGAUAG